AACGCCAUAACCAGACACAGUCACACACACACAGUAACACACUCGCACGCACACAGAGACACAAAACUCCCUCUCUAUCUGUAACCGUUACUCCCUUUCAUUCUUCUUAUUCUCUCAGAUCUCCCUCAAACCCUUUUCCUUCUCUCCUUCUCCCAUCCAUUUUCCUGAGAAAAUCUUCAAUCUCAACCUUUCUGGCGAUUUUCUACCACCCGCAUUUCAGGUUCGCUGAGAAACCUUUUGCUACACUGUUGUUUCUUUGGAUUGACGAGGGUGAGAUUUCCCGGGAAAAUGAGAGAUUCAAGGUUGACAAUGGUGCUGUAGCAGCAGCAGCAGAAUUAGCAGUAAUCGUUGAAGAAGAAGAAGAAGAAGAAUAAGAAGAGAAAAUGGAUGACAGAGGUAGCUCAUUUGUCGCUGUUAGGAGGAUUCCACAAGGAGAAACCUGCCAUUCAAAUUCUGCUGAGGUUGUGGCAGGAUCAGCAGCAUGGCUUGGUCGAGGUCUGUCUUGUGUCUGUGUACAAAGAAGAGAUAGUGAUGCUUCUAACUGUUUUGAUUUGACUCCAGCCCAGGAGGAAUGCUUACAGAGGCUACAGAGACGUAUAGAUGUUCCAUAUGAUAGCUCAGUAAUUGAGCACCAGGAUGCCCUUAGGGCUUUGUGGAAUGCUGCAUUUCCUGAAGAAGAACUUCAUGGCUUGAUAUCUGAGCAGUGGAAGGAAAUGGGCUGGCAAGGGAAAGAUCCAUCAACAGAUUUUAGGGGUGGUGGUUUUAUAUCAUUGGAGAAUUUUCUUUUCUUUGCUAGGAAUUUCCCGAAAUCCUUCCAGGAUCUCUUACGGAAGCUGGAAGGAGAUAGAUCAGUGUGGGAAUACCCAUUUGCUGUUGCUGGUGUUAACAUAACAUAUAUGCUGAUACAGAUGCUUGAUCUUGAAGCAGUCAAGCCACGCAAUCUGGUUGGAGCAACUUUUCUAAAAUUUCUUGCAGAAAAUGAGUCAGCUUUUGACCUUCUCUAUUGUAUAACCUUCAAGCUAAUGGAUCACCAAUGGCUUUCUAUGCGUGCCUCAUACAUGGAUUUUAAUUGAUGAAAUCUACACGACGUCAGUUAGAGAAAGAGCUUCUCCUUGAAGACAUAACUCGGCUUGAAGAUUUACCAUCAUACAAACUACUUUCACGAUAGAUAUCAGUUCCAAAAUCCUGUGAGUCUCCUAGUUUUAGCCAAGAGGCUUUUGUAUAUGAUGUGAUACUGCUAUCAUAAUUUUCACUACUGCCAAUUCAGCCUUUUUAAUAACACUUCUGCAAGAAUGAGCUAAAAACUGUAACACUGAUGCGAGAUUAAACAUGAUGUCAAGGUUUGAUAUGCAGCAGUUAAGCGUUUUUUAGUCUAGUUGGAGGAUAACCUUGUUGACGGAUAUGCUGCCAGGAGGGUAAAUAUAAAUUUGCUUGGUAUAAUGAUUUGUUGUCUGCCACUUUGCCUAUAUAUUUCCUUGCGGUCGAUUAACUGGUAAAUGCAGCUUGCAGUAAUGUAUUUCAGACAACUUUAUUUAAGUUGAUUGCAUCUUCCUGAUCUUGUUUAUUGUACUGCAUAUUGGUUUAACAGAUUC